AUGGCCCGCGUCUCCAACACCCCUGCCUCCCGCCCUGAGGUCAUCCAGUCGCUCAUCGACGGAGUCGACAGAUACAACCCCGAUAACGUCUCUAUUCUCGAGGAGUAUCUCGCCACACAGUGCACCAACAAGGAGUGCGAUGCCAUGGCCAACUUGGCCAUCCUCAAGUUGUACCAGUUCAACGCUCACUUGACCAACGACCAGGUCGUCAACAACAUCUUGGUCAAGGCCCUGACUACUUUGCCCGAGCCCGACUUCAACCUGUGCUUGUACCUCUUGAACGAGCAGAUGGUCACAGAGGAACCCGUCGUCCGCUUGAUCGCCCUUCAGGAUUUGAUUGAGCAGGCACGCUUUGCCGAUUUCUGGAAGCUCUACGAAGGCGAUGAUAUCUACAAGGAGUUGACCGCCGAGGUUCUUGGAUUCGAGGACUCGAUCCGCGCCAACAUUGCCGGUGCUAUUGCUAUGACUUUCCAGUCGAUCGAGACCGACAACUUGGGAGCAUACCUCCACUUGAAGGGUCAGGCUUUGGCAGAUUUUAUCAAGGCUCAGGGAUGGACUGAGAGCAACGGCGUUGUUGCCAUCCCCGUCAACAAGGAUAACGAGGCCAAGACGACCGUCUUGACUGAGAACAUCAAGUUUGAGCAAUUGACGAAGGUCAUUGGUCACUCCAACGAUGCAUAA